CGAGAGAGGAAGAAAGCAGUUGAACAGUUAAACAGACACUCUGCCGCUUUCACUUGCAUCACUCUUCACUUCUGCACUUUUGCUUCCCACUGGAAAGAAAUGCAAAGCCUCCAAUCCCUUCCUCUCUUCACUUUCCCUAAAACCCUAAACCCUCAUCUCUCCCCAACCCACCACCGCUGGCCCCUGUAUUCCCCCAAAACCACCAAGCCUAUCUCCUCUCCCCCUCCUAAUUGCUUCUACUCGGACGAGUUCCCCGUCGACGAGACCUUCAUCCAGAAAUUCGCGCCCAAGGACAAAGAAACCGAGGACGAAGCUCGCCGGAAGAACUGGAUUGACCGGGGAUGGGCUCCCUGGGAGGAAAUACUCACUCCGGAGGCCGAUUUCGCCCGCAAGUCUCUUAACGAAGGCGAAGAAGUCCCGCUCCAAACCCCGGAAGCUAUCGAGGCUUUCAAGAUGCUGACCCCCAAGUACCGUAAGAAGAAGAUGGAGGAGAUGGGGCUGACGGAGGAUGAUUGGUACCGCAAGCAAUUCGAGUUUAAGGGCGAAAUUCCCGAACAGCUAGAGACCUAUUGGACGGCGCCGUUAGUCGUCCGGCAAAUGCCCCCAAGGGAUUGGCCCCCGAGAGGUUGGCAAGUGGAUAGGGAGGAGCUGGAGGUGAUGAGGGAGGCCCAUAAGUUGCAGGCGGAGAGAGUUAGUUUGGAGGAGUUGGAGAGUGAAGCCACUUCGGAUAAGGAUGAACUCUGUUUUGAUAGGUACAAGGUGUUCUUGAAGCAGUACAAUGAGUGGGUUGAUGCCAAUAAGGAUCGAUUAGAAGAAGAGUCUUACGAGCUAGACCAGGACUAUUACCCAGGCAGGAGAAAGAGAGGCAAGGAUUACAAAGAAGGAAUGUACGAGCUUCCAUUUUAUUAUCCUGGACAAAUAUGUGAAGGAAAAGUGGUGGCCUUAGCUCUGUCUCAGGGAGCCUUUGUUGAUAUUGGAGGUGUUCAUGAUGGCUGGGUCCCUAUUAGAGGUAAUGACUGGUUUUGGAUUCGCCACCACAUAAAAGUCGGUAUGCAUGUUAUAGUUGAGAUUCUGGCAAAGCGUGAUCCAUAUCGCUUCCGUUUUCCUAUUGAAAUGCGUUUCGUCUUUCCGAACAUAGAUCAUUUGAUAUUCAACCGGUUUGAGUUUCCACCGAUAUUUCACAGGGAUGAGGAUACUAACCAAGAGGAACUAUUGCGCGAUUGUGGAAGACCUCCUGUGCCAAGAAAAGACCCAGGAGAGAAGCCAGAAAAGGAGGCACUGUUGUCUAAUCAUCCUUAUGUUGACAAGUUAUGGCAAGUUCAUGUAGCAGAGCAAAUGAUGGUGGGUGAUUGGGUUAAAAAUCCAGAUAAAUACAAAGGCAAAAAGAUAUCAGAGUUGACCGACGAUGAAGAUAUUGAUGAACAAAACAAUGUUGUAUAUGGUGAAGCUUACCACAAGAGAACCGUACUGCCUAAAAUGACACUGAUAACAAGUGUCAAAGAACUCGAUCUGGAGGCUGCAUUGUGUGAAUAUGAGCAUCACAGCAAACUCCGAAUGGAAGCGAAGUCAAGAGGAGAGAAGUAUAAGAUUCACAAGCUAAAGCGAAAUAUUGAAAUGGAUGAGUACGACCUGCUACAUUGGCGUCGAUCCUUUGAGGAAAGAGAAGCUUUGCUGAGAGACAUCAGCUGCCGUCAAGCUGUUGGCCUGCCAUUGGAAGAACCUGGAAGGUACAAGCCAGCAAGCUUCUUCGGGAAGGAACAAUACGAUCCUGAAAAUCCAUUAUACAGAUACGACUACUGGGGCGAACCAAAGAACUCAGAGAAGAGUAAACAAAACAGAAUGAUGGAUGCUCACAACAAAUCAAUUGUGGGUAAGGGCACAGUUUGGUAUGAUAUGUCGUAUGAAGAUGCAAUGCAACAGCAGAUUCAAAGGGACCCCGCCCUUUCCAAGGCUUCUUCCCCGGUCCAGCAAAAGGAAGCUGAAGAACAAGAAGAAUCAGAUGAUGACGAAGACGACGAAGACUGGGACUACAGUUUUUUAAGUGAUUCCAACGCUAACUUCUCCGAACAACCAGUAGUGGUCAACGGCACUGAAUCACCUGGGUUGUCAGACGAGGGCAUGUUUGAGAAUUCACCCUAAAGAUAACGGCAUUGUAAUCAAUAUCAAUUUGUGUUGUGGAAACAUGGACAUGAUGCAAAAAAAUGAUUGAUGUAAUGUUACAAAAGAAAGCAAAUUUUCUUGUGUUUCAUAUAUGUCAGAAUGCGUAGAAUCACAUCCUCGUUCUGGCAGUUUCUACUCAAUAACUGGGAACUUUUCUUGCAGGAGAUGCAAUUUCUACUAAUCUAGCUUUUGAUUCGGCCUGUUGGCCGAACUACUUUAAGUUAUUGAUGCAUGAAAUGGGAAAAUAGAGGAAGAGCAGAAGUGCGUAUACUUUCUUAGAAUUAUACAUUCAAAAUAUUAAUAAAACUUUAUUUAAAAGAUGAUUAAAUAUAUUACAAAAUUUUGGACAAAUACUACAACUCCUCUUAUUUUUAAUUAUAUAUAUAUAGCGAGUUCUACGGUACCCUGGGUAAAAUCCGGGGUACCGCAUACCUUGAGUAUGAAAACACUAUCUAGAUCUUGAAUUGACCGAUCUUUCGGACAUGAUACUAUACUCUAGCCCUUAAAGAUCAAAAUCUAGGUCUUAAUUCUCCCAAUCUUAUACUCCAAGAUCAAUUUAAUUAGAAACAAUAAUCGACGGUUAUGAUUCGUCCAAAUAUAGGCACAAAAAGGAAUGCACCAUCUUAAGGUUUAUAGAUUAUGAUUUAGAUAAUUAGGACCUAGGGUUCACUCAUUAAGGGUUAGGGUAUAGUAUCAGACCCAAAAAUCCUGCUAAUUCGAGGUCUAGAUACCGUUUCCAUACUCAAGGUAUGCGGUACCCCGAAUUUCACUCGGGGUACAGUAGAAGGCACUAUAUAUAUAUAUAUAUAGGUGGCUACUUCGGUGCACUCACUUUUUUGGGUGCAUUCAGUGCACCCACCUCUAAAAGUGGUCAUAAUACAUUAAAUUUUGAAAUUUAAUGGGUUGUAUUAGUCUAAAAUGAUGAUAUAACAUAGAAUCCCAACUAAUCAACCCAUUACCCUGACCUAUUAACCUUCAAUUUUGAAUCUCAACCCAAAAUCCCAAAUUGUAAACCCUAACCCUAACCCUAAAUUCCUAAACCCUGAAUCAUUCAAAUUAAAGUGAAUCAUGAAUGAUUUUUGUACAAAUUCAUGUGGUUCUUGUUCAUCAUACCACAGGUGAUGAUUGACAUCGUUUUCACAUGAAUCACCUGCUCAGAAUGACGAUUAUGAGGCGGGUGCAUUGAAUGCACCCAAAAAAGUGAGUGCACCAAAGACAUAACCAUAUAUAUAUAUAUAUAUAUAUAUGGUGAUGUCUUCGAUACACUCACUUUUUUGGGUGCACUGAACGCACCUAUCUUUUUGUUUAAUCUCAACCCUUCAGUAUAUCUAACGGUUCACAAUUAUUAAAAAAAUAUAUUUAAUUAUUAACUAAUAAAGUGUAUUGUAUUUAUUAAAACAGUUUUACAGUUAUUGAUAUUUGCAGUUAAGCCCCUAAUCCGGGAAAACUCAAAUGAGUGAGUUAUUAACUUUUUAUCCCAAAUUCCGCCUUUCAUCUUUAUUUACUUGCCCAAUUUUUCCCUUUCUUCUCCCCAUGCCGCUCCUACCCAAACCGAAGACCCCAUUGGCCCGGCGACGGCCGCGCAAUCUCAAGUGGAUGGCGAUGAUGUCGACUCCGGCAAGUGAGAACUAAUGUCGUGGUGUCUCCGAUCCAUCCACCUUUAGAAUAACCAUCCCGGUUGAUGUUGGAGUCGACGAUGAGCCAGAAGCUCCGAUGGUGCCGCCGGCGACGGGGAAUGACAUGGGAUGAUACGGCAUGAUAAGGACGAUCGUGGAGAACCAGUCGGCAUGAUAAGGACGUGGAUCGUGGAUGAUACAACACUACCAGAUUGCUUGCAAAAAUUGAGGAAACGCCGGAUCAAACAGAAUUGAAAUGAGUCAUUGCCUGGUGGUUUGUGCGGCUCGUGCGGUUUGAUAUGUAGAGGAAGGCUUGAGAUCAAUAAAUGGAAAUCGAAGGG